AUGAGAAAACUCUCUAUGCAUAAGAAUGAUGGUCAAAUGGGCUUUAAAAGCCUUCACACUUUCAAUCUUCCCAUGUUAGGGAAGCAAAGCUGGCGUGUUAUGUCAAAUCCGGAUAUUCUUAUUUCCAAAAUCUAUAAAGCUAAAUAUUUUCCUCAUUGUGAUUUUUUUGAUUCUAAACUGGGUCACAAUCCUAGUUUUGUUUGGAGGAGUAUUUGCAAUUCCAAGUUUAUCUUAAGAGCAGGUAGUCGGCGGAGGAUAGGAAAUGGACAAGAUAUUCCACUUUUCAACGAAAAUUGUCUUUAUGAUGCUUCUUCUGUGAGUAUACAACAAACUGAAGUGUUUAUUGAUGCUAGUGUUACAGUGGCUAAUAUUAUUAUUCCAGAUGAAAAGUGUUGGAAUGUGCCUCUGAUAACGAUGAUGUUUGAACCAAACCGUGUAGCAAAAAUUAUUGCUACUCCGUUAUAUAAGUCGGUGUCAGAUGAUAAGCGUAUUUGGCGGGUGGAGAUUAAUGGAAUCUGCCCUAACAGUACAAAUAUAUGGGGCAUGUGCAAUUUUAAUCCCAUAAUAGCUUCAACAAUGCAGAAUAUUCAUGAUGCAGUGGAAUUGGUUUUUCAUUUGUUGCAGCAGCUCAAUGCAUUUGAUUAUUCUCUUUUGGACUGCCGCACAAUGCAUGCUUCUAGAACUGGUCCUUCAGUCCAGCCGAGAGUGCAGGAACACAAGUGGAAAAAACCGGCGAGAGGGUGGGUAAAAUGCAAUGUUGAUGCGUCUUUUUCGUCGUUACAUAAUAGACUUGGUAUCGGUAUUUGUAUUAGAGACGAGUUUGGUGCUUAUGUAUUAGGAAAAUAUGAACAAUUUACUCCGUUAUGUGAUGUGAAGAUUGGCGAAGCUCUCGGUCUACUUUCUGCUCUUAAUUGGGUGCACGAGUUGAAUUUGGUUCCUGUUGAUUUUGAACUUGAUUCGAAGGUUGUGGAGGAUAAUUUGCAUUCCAACAAGAGUGAUGAGACUGAACUGGGAGAUAUUAUUGCGAAUUGUAGAAGACUCUUUCGUAAUCUUUAUAAUAACUCUAGUGUGUAG